AUGGACUUUAUCCAUAAGAAUGAAAGAUAUGCGAAGUAAAACGCAAAUUUAAUUAUUUAGUAUAUCCUAUUAAUGUAAGUAAUGUAAAAAAAAUUUUAUGCGGGUAAGAAUGAUAUAGCCAAAUGAUUAUAGUUAAUUUUCAUAUAAAUUUAUAACUUAUUGUUAUUCUGACACAGAAAAAUAGUAGGUGAUUUGGAAGAUAAAACACCUUUAAUUAAAUUGUUAUUAUAGAUAGAGUCAAAAUAUUUGGCAAAAUAUGAUACUAAUUCUCUAAACUAAAAAUAAAAACAGCUUAUUGUCUCUAUAUUAAUUUUAAUAUUAAUUCCUCUCCUAAAAGGGAGUUAAUUUUUAAAUUGUAAAUACAAUCAUAUUUUACAUUCUAACUGUUUUCUUAUUAAAAUAAUAAUUGAGUCUUUGGUGGAUAGUAUUGGAGCCAGACUUUAUUUUAAAGAUUUAUUAAAUUGACAAUUUCUUCCACAGAAUUACUGUUUAAUUUUAGUUUACAUAUUGUUCUAGUUUUCCUUCUGAAAGAAAUUUUAUUUAUUUAAUUGAUGAUACUUUGCUUAAUUCAUAUUCUAAGAGUAGUCAUAAUUUUGUAAGGCAUAAAAACGCUCAUUCUUAUGAUAAUUUAACAAUAUAAUGGAAAUGUUUUAGAGAAAACAAUGAACCAAUAAUAAUAUAUUGUGGAUUUUUAUAAAUACUUUAUUGUUGUUCAUUACGGCUAACCGUAUUGUUAUAAAUUUACAAAUUAAAAUAGUUGUAUACAUGUGGAAUAAUAUGA